AGUUUGGAGGCUUUGAAUGGAUCCUGUCUUCCUUAAUCCUGAAGGUCCUCCCUGGUGUCCUCCUUGGGGAGGAGGAGGAGGAGGUCCCUGGUUCCCCUUCCCCUGCCCUCCCUGGGAGGCAACUCCAGAGGCUGGGCUGGGGCCCGUGGGCUCCUCCUCCUGCUGCUCCUGCUGCUGUUGCUCCAGAGGAUGCUGCUUCCCUGCCUGCCUUACCUGCCUUCCCUGCGCUCAGGUGUGCUGGGCUGCUGCUGCUGGCCAGAGGGAGCUUGCCUAGUGGCGUGCCAUGGCCAGCCUGUCUGCGGAGCUGAUGGCCCUGCUGCUGUGCCUGGGAGGCUGGGUGCUGGUCUCCUCCACGCUGCCCACCGACUACUGGAAGGUCUCCUCCCUCGACGGGACGGUCAUCACCACGGCCACCUUCUGGUCCAACCUCUGGAAGACCUGCGUCACCGACUCCACCGGCGUCUCCAACUGCAAGGACUUCCCCUCCAUGCUGGCCCUCGACGGUUACAUCCAAGCCUGCAGAGGACUUAUGAUUGCUGCUGUCUGCCUUGGAUUUUUUGGAUCUGUGUUUGCACUAGUUGGGAUGAAGUGCACAAAAGUUGGAGGCUCAGACCAGACGAAAGCUAAAAUUGCUUGUUUAGCAGGGCUGAUUUUCAUACUUUGCGGGCUGAGUGCAUUGACUGGUUGCUCCCUGUAUGCAAACCGAAUCACAUCUGAAUUCUUUGAUCCUACGUUUGUUGCACAAAAGUAUGAAUUAGGAGCAGCUUUGUUCAUUGGAUGGGCUGGAGCAUCACUUUGCAUAAUUGGUGGCAGUAUAUUUUGCUUCUCAAUUGCUGAAAACAAUAAAACUCCAAGGAUGGGCUAUGCAUACAACAGAGCUGAUUCUGUGGUGUCUACUCGAACAAAGGUCUGGAAUACUUCACCAGAUUUUAGAACAUCCAAAGCCCCUCCAAAGCACUUCGACAAAAAUGCUUACGUGUAAUCGGAUGGUUCUAAAACUCAGUGUGUGUGUUUUAAAAAUCAUGUUUGUUCUUUCACAUAAUGAUUUUUAGAAAGGUACUGGUGUCACCAGGAACCACAAAAAAGAAUAUUUUAUAAAUGAACCGUUGUCUUACUUGAUGUAAAUUUUCCUCAUGCCUUGUUUUAAGAUUUAUACUGAUGUUUUACAUAAAUUAUAUCUGUAAAUCAUUUGCUAUUUGUGCUUGCUGUAAAAAAGGUAUUUACAAAUAAACUCACAUUA